UAGACAGUUGUAAGAGAAGAUAGUUGGUGGUAGUGCGCCUGCGUCUCUCUAACAUUUAAAUUCAAAGAUCAUACACAAGGUGCUCCUCUAUUUGUGGUGGUUGGUGUUGAGUCUCAGCUCCUGGUCCCUUCUGUGGUGUUGUUACUGAUGUACUCUGUGCUUCACUGUUAAACAUGGAUGAAAAUUGUCAACCUGAUAUGAACUCUGAGUCCCCUCAAGGACAACAAAAUACUUCAGUAAAAGAACAGUCACUUUAUACUACGCCAGUUUCAAGCCAUCGCUCUCCUUUUAAGGACAUAGCUAAUAAUCCUCUAGAGGUUCGGACAGUCAAGGCAGACAAGACUCGCAAAAUAAUGUCUCGAUAUGAUGUGGGUCGUGAGCUUGACGAGGAUGAAAAGUGGCGUGAUCGCACGGAGGUAAUCACCCGCAUUGAUCACGAUGCAUAUCAGAUGUUUGCAAAGGAAGUAAUUAAUGAAGUUGUCAACGAAGUUGAAAAGGAAUCGGUUAUGGCCAAAUUUCUAGCAAGUAAGCCACCCCACAGGAGUGUUGCAAAAUUCCGAGAGGCUGCCAUGGCAAGCCUUGGAGACUCAGAAUCUGAAUAUGAGAGUGCAGAGGAACUGGAGGAGAUUGACAUGCCUUCUGCACCAAAGAUUCUUUCCCCAGUCUUGCCAGUGGCAAACUCUACGCUGCUUAAUGUAGCAUCAUCGGCUAAUAGCACCCCAAAUAGGUCGGAUGCUGUAUUUGAGAACUCGUUUAUAAACAGUUUUGAAAAAAUGAAAAUUGUGGAAAUUGAUGAACCAGUUGAGAAGUUCCAUGAUGCUAGUGAUUCGUUGGAUGAUAUGUCACCUUCGAGUAACAAUGUGCCUGAAGAUAAGACCAGAGAAACAGAAUUGUUUGAUCAGUUUGUUACAUCGUUCGAAAAUAAUAUGAAAGUCCUUUCGGACAAACAGGACAAUCACAUUGCACAAGAUGAAAAGAAUGAACAAAUAAGGAGUACGUCACCUCAGGAGGACAUAGCUGCAAUUUCACAUAUUUCCCCUGAAAAUGAGCUUCAGUCUUCAGAUGAAACAGUAAAUGCUGCUGUAUCUUUGGAUAAAGCCUUUGGUGGGCAGUCAUUGAAAGUUGUUCAUGAGACAACUCCAGAGGUGAAGCUAACUAUUCCACAAAUAAUGGUAACAUCUUCAGAUGUACAGGAAGUGGUUCCAGAAGUGAAAGAUGUCCCAGUAGGGAUGGAGGCUACUCCUGAGGUGAAGAAAGAUGUCCCAAUAGUGAUGGAGGCUACUCCUGAGGUGAAGAAAGAUGUCCCAGUAGUGAUGGAGGCUACUCCUGAGGUGAAGAAAGAUGUCGCAGUAGUGAUGGAGGAGGCUGCUCCUGAGGUGAAGAAACUUGUCCCAUUAGUGAUGGAGGCUACUCCUGAGGUGAAGAAAGAUGUUGCAGUAGUGAUGGAGGCUACUCCUGAGGUGAAGAAAGAUAUCCCAGUAGUGAAGGAGGCUACUCCUGAAGUGAAGAAAGAUGUCCAGACAGCAGUAGGGGCUGUUUCAGAGAUCAAUGUUCAGGUGGUGACAAAAACCAUCCCACCAGGGGUUACCAGUGUUCCAGCAGGUAAAGUUGCCGUACCAGGGGGUAAGACUGCCUUACCAGCAAAGAAGGCCACCGUACCAGCAGGCAAGACUGCCGCACCAGCGAAGAAUGCCGCUGUACCUGUGGGGAAAGCCUCCGUUCCAGCAGGGAAAGCCUCCGUUCCAACAGGGAAAGCCGCCGUUCCAGCAGGGAAGGCUAUCAUUCCUACAAGAAAGACAGUUAAUCCUGUAGGGAAGACUGUCAUUUCUGUUAAAAAGGCAGUCAAUCCUGCAGGGAAAGCUGUCAUUCCUGUAAGAAAGGCAGUUAAUUCUGUAGGAAAGGCUGUCAUUCCUGCAAAAAAGGUUUCAUUUCCAGGUGGAAGGGUUCCCGGUCCAACAGGAAAAGCUCCUGCAACAGCUGGAAAGUUAGCUGUUGCUACAGGGAGAGCAGCAAUACCAGUGCCAAAGAAAGCAGUUCCUGAGAGAGCAACAAUUUCAUCAGUCAAUGAGGUGGUUUCAGAAGUCUCGGAGCCCAUUUCUGCAGGUUCCGAGGUGGUUUCAGAGUCAGCAGAGUCCAUUUCAAUUGUUGAGGCAGUUUCACAAGCUGAAGAGCCCAUCUCUGUGGUCGGCAAGGCAGUUUCACAGGCUGAAGAGCCCAUCUCUGCAGGCAUCAAUACAGUUUCACAGGCUGAGGAGCCCAUCUCAGUCAAUAAUGCAGUUUCACAGGCUGAGGAACCCAUCUCUACAGGUGUCAUUGCAGUUUCACAGGCUGAGGAGCCCAUCUCUGCAGGCGUCAGUGCAGUUUCACAGGCUGAGGAACCCAUCUCGGCAGUCAAUGAUGCAGUUUCACAGGCUGAGGAGCCCAUCUCUGUGGUCAACAAUGCAGUUUCACAGGUUGAAGAACCCAUCUCAGCAAUCAACAAUGCAGUUUCACAGGCUGAGGAGCCCAUCUCUGUGGUCAACAAUGCAGUUUCACAGGCUGAGGAACCCAUCUCGGCAGUCAAUGAUGCAGUUUCACAGGCUGAGGAGCCCAUCUCUGUGGUCAACAAUGCAGUUUCACAGGUUGAGGAACCCAUCUUGGCAGUCAAUGAUGCAGUUUCACAGGCUGAAGAGCCCAUCUCUGCAGUCGACAAUGCAGUUUCACAGGCUGAAGAGCCCAUCUCUGUGGUCAACGAUGCAGUUUCACAGGCUGAAGAGCCCAUCUCUGCUGUCAACGAUGCAGUUUCACAGGCUGAAGAGCCCGUCUCUGCUGUCAACGAUGCAGUUUCACAGGCUGAAGAGCCCGUCUCUGCUGUCAACGAUGCAGUUUCACAGGCUGAAGAGCCCUCUCUGCUGUCAACGAUGCAGUUUCACAGGCUGAAGAGCCCGUCUCUGCUGUCAACGAUGCAGUUUCACAGGCUGAAGAGCAUGCAGUUUCACAGGCUGAAGAGCCCGUCUCUGCUGUCCAACGAUGCAGUUUCACAGGCUGAAGAGCCCGUCUCUGCUGUCAACGAUGCAGUUUCACAGGCUGAAGAGCCCGUCUCUGCUGUCAACGAUGCAGUUUCACAGGCUGAAGAGCCCGUCUCUGCUGUCAACGAUGCAGUUUCACAGGCUGAAGAGCCCGUCUCUGCUGUCAACGAUGCAGUUUCACAGGCUGAAGAGCCCGUCUCUGCUGCCAACGAUGCAGUUUCACAGGCUGAAGAGCCCGUCUCUGCUGCCAACGAUGCAGUUUCACAGGCUGAAGAGCCCGUCUCUGCUGCCAACGAUGCAGUUUCACAGGCUGAAGAGCCCGUCUCUGCUGCCAACGAUGCAGUUUCACAGGCUGAAGAGCCCGUCUCUACAGUCAACGAGGCAGUUUCACAGGCAGAGCCAAUUUCAUCAGUCGUAAAGGGAGUUUCAUGGGUGGCCGAAACCAUUUCAGUGGACACUGAGGCAGUUCCAGAGGCGGAAGUUAUUCCAACAGUAGUAGAGACCAUUCUUACAGUGGAUGCUCUUCCCAGGGUGAAGGAUGAUAAUUUAAAAGCUUUACUUGGUGAAGCUUCUCAAGAAAAAAAUGAUCAGUGUGUAAUGCUUGAAAAUAUGGAAACUUUUUCUUCAUUAUCAGGGAAGGAAAAUCAGGAAGAACUAGUAGGGCAAGCCUUCACUCAAAAAGUCUGUGGGGUAGACUUCCUUGAUAAAUUUGAUAGCAAUGAUUUCAGUCCAUUUGAAACCAAAGCACUGAUUGCCAACUCUCCAGAAAGAGUGGGCAUUGCGCUUAUUCAGUCAGAGGCAAAUGAGGAACCUUACAGUGCUAAAUCUACAACCGAUAAGAUGGGAGAAGAGGGCGAAAUUGGGAGAGAGUGCAUCUAUUCCCAGAAAUUGAACAUAUCAACCAAUAUGGAGUGUCUGGCAGUCAGCCCAAAGAACAAUAAAGAUAAUGCACAAUUGCCAACAGUUGUAAGUAAUACACAAAUAACUGAAAAGGAAAAAAGUGAACGAAGCCUUGACAACAUAAAGGGGCAAUAGCAGGAAAUACUUUGUCAGAAUUCAGUAACAGAGGAUAUGCCUGAGGAAAUAAAAUCUGCCAUAUUAGAAAGGGUUUUUGAAAAACCAUUGGAAACUUCAGGUCUUCCUAAGUCUAACAUGUCUUCCCUUAUGUUAGAAGAGUCUAAUUUUGAUCAUGUAACCAGUGCCACAGUGUCCCACUUGGCCAGUGCAAUGAAUAAAACUAUGGUAAUUAGUGAUGAAAUGCCUUGUAAGGAACUAGAAAUGGCAGAUGUACCUGAAAAUACCAAGACAUUACCAUUGGAAGCUGCAGAAGAGCCACUGGAGAAAAAUUUUCCUCAAAAAGGGUACCAACUGGAUUUCCUAGAUAAACUAGAUGACCCUAAUUUUAAUCCCUUUGCAACCAAAACUACUGUUGCAAAUUCUCCAUGCAAAAAGGUUCAACCAGAUGCAACUUUGCAGGAAAUACAGCAGGAUGAAGUAAAGGUACAAAGCAUUUUUGUGAAGGAAGCAAGUUCCCUGGGAUUGUUGAAAGAUUCUCUUGUAAAACCUAUUGAAGAGGAAAGUUCUUGGCAGGAAAGUCACAACUUUGAUUCUUCAAGGAAGUUGGAAGAUUCAGAUUCGACCCUUUCAAAUAUAAACCGUGCACGAAUUCUCCAAAUAAAAAUGAAGCUGGAUACGAGGCAGACACACACACACAGUCGGACAAGGCAGCGUUACUUGAAAAUGAGAAAAAUAAUGGAGCAUCACAACAAAUUGAAAAUUUGUAAAAAUGAAGAUUCUGUAUUAAAAGAAUGUGCUGUGGAAUUCCUUGACAAGUUUGAUGAUCCUAAUUUUAAUCCUUUUGCCACAAAAGCUGCUGUUCAAAAUUCCCCAAUUAGAAACUCGAAUUCAUUCAAUGCUCAAAAUAUAAUUGAGGAUGAAACUAAAAGAAAGAAGCCAGUGUCUGAAAUAAUGCCUGUGAAAUCUUUGGAGGAGGUGGAAAAAAUAAUUGGAGGUGAAGCAGUCCCACUUGUAUCUCAAGAAAAUAAAACAAUGGAUUGCUUUCAAAAAACAGAUAACCAAGGUUUUAUUCCUUCAGCAACAGAAUCUGUUAGAAGUAAUCCCUCCAUGAAGGCGUUUUCUAGUUUGAUAGAUGCAGCCAUUCAUUCUGAAACUCUUGCAAAGUCAGAAAAGGGAGAAAUUGUGAUUUCUGGGAAUGCUGCCUUCUAUCAUGGACAAGGGAAGGCACAAGCUAGUACAGAAGAGGUGAACCAACAUGUCUUCAGUCCCCUACCCAAAGGUCAAGCAAAGAAAAAAGAAAAUGCUGAUAGUGUCUUUGACUUUGAGGAAUUUACUAGUGCUGCUGAAUUGCCAGAUGAUGACCAGGAGCCCGUGGAAGGAGAGAGCUUUAAUUCUCCACGUAUUUAUCCACUCUUCAAUAACCCAGAGGACUUUGAUGAGUUGAGUGCUCAUGGGACCGAUGGUGACAAAUUAAAUCUUGUGCGUAAUUCACUCUACGUGAAAUUUGACCCAUUGGUGUCUGGGCGACAGUCUCUUGCACCAUAUCUUGCACAACACCUGAAAGAGUCUAAUGCAUUGGAUCCAAGGAGAUGUAGUGGACUCAUCUCGUUCAGCCCCUCGCCCACUAAGCGCCAGAGAGAAGCAGAACCAGCAGGAACUCCUGUGAAGGCCCUUACUAGCAGUGUUUCUGAUGAUACUGUCUUUGAUGCUACAAGCCUUGAAAACACAACGUUUGCUGAGAGUGGUAACACUACUGUUGUGGUCUCGAGUCAAACGCUCAACAAUACCACUAUGAUUACUAACAUCACUGAUCCUAGUGAAACCUCUCUUCAGUUAUCAGUUAUCCAUGCAGAAAAAAUGAUUACUGAGCGUGCGAUGAAGGAAAAGCUUAAAAAUAUGGAGUUAAUUAUGCAGGACAGUAUGCUGAGGAAGAGCCGCGAGUUUGAGGAGAUCCAGAAACGCCUGAAGCGGCAGCUGACAGAGCAGGGUAUUGCUAUGACUAGCAUGGAAGAAGAAAAUGCCACACUGAAGUCAAGUAUUAAACAGAUGCAAGGUGUAAUGGCAAAGAUAUUGCAGCAUGAAGCAUCCAAGGAAAAAGAACACAAGACUCAAAUGCUUUUAUUGGAAAAUCAGUAUGAAGUCAAAUUAACUGCUCUCCGUAAAGAAUGUGAACAGUACCAAGAUGAGCUGAAGAAGUCUGAAGUUCCAUUCUUUGACUUGGUCAAGAGAUUCGAGCGAUUGCGUGAGGUUACAGCAGUCUUGCAUAAAAAUGAGGAAGCUUUGAAGUCUGAAGUAGAGAGCUUGAAAGCUAAGAUGGCUCAGAAAGAAGAAUCAUUCCAGUCAGUUGUUAAAACUUUAGAAGAAGCAUAUGGAAAAGCUCAAGAAGAGUAUUCAGCAAUGAAGCAGAAUUAUGAGAGAGAACUGAAAAAGGCAUCUGUGAUGUUGAAGAAAGCUGAAGUGAAAAUUCUCACACUCACAGAAACAGUGGAGAAAACAUCUGUAGAAAAUCAGAGACUCAAAGAUUUGAUUGAGGAUAUCACCAAAAAUAUUGGUGGUAGCUAACUUAAAACUUGAAAUAAAAGUAAUGUAACUUUCCAGAAACUUUUUUAAUUUUUAUUGGCAUUUAUAAUUUUAUUAAUGUAUAUUAAAGGAAAUCUGCAAAUUUUAUGUAAAAAACUCGUCAGUAUAUUGUAAUAAUUAUACUGUCAAAUGUAUAUUUUGUAUCAAAAACAUGUAUAAUAAU